UUCACAUAAGUUGGCCGUCAUCAGCCGUCAUUUUGUUAUAUUUGUAUAUUUUGUCGGCAAUUUUUAUGUGAAAUGGCUAAAUUAGUCGAUAUAUAUAAUUGUGAGAAGGAGCCUGUUAUAAAAAGAAAACAGUUGCCGUUAACUAUUUACGAAAACUUAACUAUGAUUAUGGACAUAAGUACAAUGGGCCUUAUUUUUGAUAGUCCUCAAGUGAAAGGUCGCGAAUACGAUGAAUUUAUACGCAAAUACAGAACCCUAACGACAGAUGAGUUAAAGUCGGCACUUAGAGUUGAUGCUUCCGAUAUAUUCAAUGUUUUAAAUCAAAGUAUUCCUUGUGUCGGUUGUAGGCGAAGUGUUGAAAGACUAUUUUAUCAAUUAUGUAAAUCAGGACAUCCGACUUUAGAUCCAUUAAUUUUGACACAAGAUGAAAUUAUGACUAUCAGAGAAGAUAAAAUAACAAAUCCACAGUCACUGGCCACAUUAUUAAAUGGUCACAGUACUGGUCUCGAAUGUCUUAUCUUAAGUCAACCUAGAUGGAAAAAGUCUCAAAGAUGUACAUUACAUUCACUUGAAGCCGGUACAGCAAGGGGUUGGGGGUCGUCUGGCUGUGGUUGGGGCUGGGGGGCGUGGGGGUGGGGUGGCCGUACAGCGUGGUGUGCAGCAUGGGACGCCAUGCGGACCUCAGCUCGAGAACAUGUCACCUUAGUUCACUUUAAUACAUUACACGACACCCUUCACAACUAUCUCAGAAAACACAGGUUUUGUGCUGAUUGUAAAACUAAGGUAUUAAGAGCUUAUCAGUUAUUAGUUGAGGAAAAAGAGCCCCAAAAAGAAAAAGGUUAUGUUGGUGCCUUAUAUGGUGGUAUUAAAAGGUGUUUAUUAGACAAACAUCUGCACUUACAAGCAAAGACAGACUACAUAGCGCACCUAAUAGCUAGAGCAGAACCAGAACUAUUUGGUAACCACCGUGAGAGACAUGCUAAAACUUUAGAAAUUGCACAGGAAGAGGUUCUAAUUUGCCUUGGAAUAUGCAUCUAUGAGCGCCUACAACGUAUAUCACUUAGACUACGCGAAGAAGAAAAUACUUGUCAAAUCCUAGCAGCAGUAGGAGUGGAAGCAUUGUAUCGUAAAUUUGAAACAGCAGUUGAGCUUAAGAGAGGAGUGUCAAAGUUACAAUUAUUAUAUGACGAAAUAACCCAAGAAGAAUUAACAAGACAGCAAAGGAAAGAACAGAAAAAACUUAAAAGACGCAAGAAGAAGGAGCGUCAGGCAGUUGAAAACAAAUGCAAGGAAGCUGACUCAGAAGAACCUGAAGAAAAGUGCCAAUGUGAAGAAUGUUUAUUAGAAGAAAGAGACACUCCAACAGACUUACUUUCACCUCGUGAGUACAGCCAAUGUUAUGACAGUGUUCAAUCAAAUGGUGAUAGUUGUCAUUCGUGCCAAGAAGAUUUUACAAAACUUUGUUCUCCUAAAAAAUUAGUUAAAAAAUUAAAUAAAAAUGGGAAGUUAUCACCUAAUGAACACUCUCAAGACUGUGGAUACUCAUCAGGUAAUAAUGGUGGUUGCUGUGAAACAAUGUCAGGUUCAUCUUCGCUGAUGAGUUCUCCCGAAGGUUCUGAAGUCGCUUGUUCUGAAGGAUUUUGCAAUCACGAAAGAGGGGACUGCUUGGAUUUAACCAAAAACGACAAGACUUCAUGUACUGGUUUCACACUUUCUCUACAAGAUAUGCUGGAUACAUGUUCUUCAGAUGAAGAACAAGACACCAGCUAUAUACCAAUUGAAGAUGUACUGGAAUUCAAGUCACGAAGAAACAUAACAGAAAAAAGGCAAGAGCUAAGGCAGAAUUUAAGGCAAAAAUUUGCUCAGUUAUGUGUAAAUACACCCCCAUUACAAUCAGUAAUGCUAAAACAAGGUGAAAACCAUGCAUAAUAUGUAUUGGAAUAUUGUAACAUUCAAACUGCACGCAAAGACUUGGACCUAGUAAACAGAAAGCAUUGAUCUUUUCACUGUCAAGUAUAUUUAGAACAUAAUGCGUCACUCAUAGUAAACCAUAGAGGUUUUCAUUGUUAUAUUAAUGUGAGAUUAGUAUGCGUAGUUUUUUAUUUUUAAAUUCUCUAGCAUUAAAAAUUACUUUAAAUUGCCAUACUUGUAUAAAAAAAAACAUUGAAGUUAAUUUAAUUUAAAAUGCAAAGAAAUUUGAAAUUGUGUGCACACACACUCCAGUACAGUGCAACACUUUCAAAGUAAACAUUUUAUUUAUUUGCUCAUAAUGGUUGUCUUUUGUAGAGCUCUUGGUGCUCAGGGCAUUGAACAGUGUUGUAGAGAUGGUUGUAUCAUUAUUAUCAGGAAGAAUUUUUUGAAAGAUAAAUGAACACAUUGUUAUUGAAUA